CUCUUCUCCACGGUUAGAGCUUUCAGCCCGCCAACCCUCCAGCCCUCCCUUCUCUCCUGUCGCUUCUCUACCGGCCCGGGGUCGUGUUCCCCUGUUCACCAGUCCCAUGUCGCCGCUCCAUAAAUUUCUAAAUUAAAACAGACCUAGAAGAAAAUGGUUCUCUCCGGAGAAGGUCGCGAAGGCGACGACUCGGCCACCGCUACCGCUGCGAACAUUGCUCCUCAUCCUCAAUCUCAACCUGCUUCUCCCACAAGAGGGGUCUCUGCCGAGCUACAGAUCACAGUGUCUGCCUCCUCAGAGCCGACUCCCACUGCCGCUGUCGCCCCUACACCCCCCCUAGAAGAGCAGAAAGAAGAGCAGAAGGAGCAGCAGCAGCAGCAGCAGCAACGACAAGAACCGCCACAGCUGGGCGAACAGCAACCACCGCAGCAGCAUCACGAGCCUCCGUCACAACCGCCGCUUUCUCAACAGAACGGCACGAGCCGGGAGUCCGAGACCAACACCACAAACACCACCGCGACCCCCGAGUCCGAGUCCGACAUGGCGAGCCAUCGGCCAGCGGCUCUCCAUAGCCUGCACGCUGGCUAUCCCACGAGCUCGGCCUCGUCGCCUAUCUAUGCUUCCCAUACUGCAGGACUUCCCACCACUCAAUACGCCUCAUAUCCCGCAGCCACGGCCGCAGCCCAGCCUGACGCAUACCGCGUGAGCCCCGUGAGCACUCCUCAGAUGUCAUUGCCUAGCAUGCGGACCAUCGACGCCAUGUCGCAGCAAUCUGUGCCUCCAAUCUCUCACCAUUCCAUGUCUAUGGCCAUGAGCAUGCCCCUUACUACCGUCUCGGCGGCCCCUCCGUACUUCGCAAGCCACUCGACCCCUUUACCCUCCAACUACGGCUUCUCUCAAGAUAGCCUCUCUCGAUAUCCUCUUCCGCACGAUGCUCGACUGAUGAACCACCGAGGCCCCAAGAAAGAAAUUAAGCGACGAACAAAGACAGGCUGUCUGACGUGCCGCAAGCGACGUAUAAAGUGCGACGAGACGCAUCCCACCUGCAACAACUGCAGGAAAUCGAAGCGCGAGUGCCUAGGAUACGAUCCCAUCUUUCGACAGCAGGCCGGAACACCCACCGGCACCAGCGCGCAGCCAGUGUCGAACAACCUGUCACAGCCCACAGAAUCUUCUGCCACUGCAUCUGCGCAGCCAGGAUCUGCGGUUGGACAAUCUCCUGUCCAGCGUUUGGUCAACACGUACGGCAGCCAAUCACCGAUGCUGCCAAACGUCUAUGCCACAGGCUCCAAUCCUUCUACUCCAUCGAUCACACCAAGUACCUACAAUCCUUUGUCUACACCCACCUCGGCACCAGCUUUAUCUUUGAAGCCUGAUCUUGGUUAUAACUAUUCUUCCAAUAUUGACCACGCCGCACGGUCUACCACCUCCAUGCCGAUGAAUCAGUUGUCCCUAUCGGCCUCCGAUAAUAGCUACUUACGAGCCAAAAAAAUGAAGAUCGACGAAAUAAUCGAUCUGUUAGGCCCUCCCGCACCUGCCCAGCAGAUAAGCCAUACUGAGGAGACCUUCAAUGAAAUCACAAAGGUCUAUCAUGAGAUGUAUGCGAGCGGGCUCAGUGCUUUUUUCGAAACAAGCUGGUACUAUUUCACUGAGAACGGCAAGAUGUCGUUCCCCAAAGAUGCCAAUCUCAUCGAGCAUAUGGCUACUUUCUUAAAGAUCCUCGAGGGUGUUAGGGCCAAUGACCAUACCCAGAUGGCGUAUUCGGGGGUGUUAGAAACCAGAAUCGUCUGGGAGUUGGCGUGUACAGCAUACCAAAUACCGGAGAGGGGGAAUAAUGCCAUGCGUCUCAACCUGCCGCCCGACAACGAUGCCACCGAAGCUAGAAAUCGUCUUCAGGUGGUCGAGGCCUUACUCUGCGGCGAUGAGCUGCUAAACAACCCCCUCUCUCCACCGGUUGCAGAUGCUGACCACCAUCGCGUUCGCCAAUUUGACUUUUGGUACAGUCUAGCCGAGUUUGUGCGCAAGAGAGACAAUCCUGGCGCGCCUGCGGUCGUCAAGAUAAGAGAGGACAUCCUUAGCCGUAUGCGUCACCUUUUGGACGGCCGUGAGAACCGCGACGUACUCUAUUCCAUAGCUGUCGUUCGCGAGCUCGCUCCGGACUUUGAUGCCGGAUAUGCUACAACCAUUCCGCAGCACCUGGAUGAAUCGGACCCAAAGAACAGAUUAGCUGUCGCGUCCAAAUUCAUCCUCGAUGAAUCACAGGUCACUGGUGGGACUACCAACGUCGUACGUCGAUUUAGCGACAUCGCCUCGAGAGCAUUUGUCAACCCUGGAGUCAACGUCGCACGAAGAGUAUAGUGCCCUCUACAUCAAAAACAGACCAAAUUGCCCGACAUCAUAUCUUGCGCCCGACUCUCAGAGAGCACUUCUAUCAGCCAAUUUUGUUUUGUGUUUGGAUGCUUCUUUAGCCCGCAUCAGUAUCAGCAUAUCGGCGCAAAGGUGUUUUACUGCAUUGGUUGGAGAGCUCUAGCGAAUAUCGGAGUUUCUUACAUCAAAUUAAGGCAGGACUACAG